AUGGAGGCAUGGGGGGAGGAAUUUUCGAAAUCGGUCGAAUUGCUCCACAAGGAGAUUGAGGAAGACCUUAAAAACCACUCGUUACACGUGCUGGCCUGUGCCGUCCGUCACUUCUUAAGAGGCGCAACAAUUAUCAACCGAUUCUAUCCAAUAAAACGCUUGUUAAUAAUUCCCGUCAAUGGGGUCUCAACCAUCUCCGGCGUUUCGCUCCCGAUUGACACCUACUGCUAUAUUGGAGAUGGACCGGCGCUCACGGGCGAAGACAUUGAUGUUAUUAUUGUUGCAUACGAGGAAACACACAAGAGUUCAUAA